GUCGCCGCUGGUAUGAUGUUGCCCUUGGGUUGCCCGCAUUGUGGUCGACCAUCAUUUGUGGUCACCUUAGUUCGACCUCCAUUUCAUCCUUUCUUGAACAAUCACGCGAGUCGUCGUUGAAAGUGUUCAUCUCGGAGAAGCAUGUAGUGCCUAGUGCUCAGCAACCACCAAUGAACCCUCAACGAGUUCAUCCUCCAGCUGCCCCCAAUCCGCCAGCGAUGGCAAUGCUGCCUCCACCUCUGAAUGUGUGGCAUGGCGUAGCGCCACAUCUUGAGCAGAUGCCUCCCAUGCCUCCACCAAUGGCCGUUCCUCCACCGAUCCCACAAUACCAAGCGCCAUUCCAUCCCCCAAUGCAUGCCCAAAUGGCGAACGUGCAUGGGCUCGCAGGACAGGCUAUGCAGCCGGCGGCUCCGCCUCUCCUUCCCCAACAAAUCUUUGGAGGUCCUCCCGGGCGAAUUCCCGCCGAUCCGAUUCAAGCUGCUUUUCUCCUAGAGAUGCUGCAGCUGUUUGUUCCCCAUUUGAGCCAUCUGAUGGUAUUCGUAUACGAUUCAAAUAUCAUACCAGACGAUCUCGUCGACGUUCUCAGCGGGGAAGCGCCGCGAUUGCGAAAGCUCAUUUUUGGAUGUAGUAAGAUCGCCAGGCUGUUUUAUACUAGAAUUUCCCGACGUGGCCUGUAGAGCAGAUGAGCAACUUGAGCGGCCUGCAUCUAAGACAUCAAGCUCUUAAUAACCCAGUAUUUUGUCG